GCUCUGGGACCGUCACCAGAGUGGCUCCUGAAGUGCCCCAGGGAUUCAGGGCUCUCAACAACACUAUGGCUGGGACCAAGCUGAAACGCAUGAGGGAAUCUGCCAUUCAGAAGCUGGGAGAAGAAGUAUUCGAGAAAGUGUACGCGUAUCUCAAGCAAGCAAGAGAGCAGAAUGCCAGUGAGGACGAGGUGAGGAGGAGCCUGGAGAAGGUGGUCUCUAGGGCAAGUGACUGCUUCGAGGUGGAUCAGCUCCUCUACUUUGAGGAACAGCUGCAGGCUUCGGAAGGACGUCUCCCGUCGUCAAACAUGUGUCAGUAA